CUUCCCAAAUCAGCAGCAGGUUCGCCCUCGCUUCCGCCUUCAGCAAGGCUGGCAUUCGACUCCGCUCUUGCCUUGCCGCCCUCCUCAGCAAAUCCCUCCACCAUUUCGUUGCCACCUUCGUCUCCAAUAUAUAUACAGGCCGGAGCCGCUGACCUCUCUCUCCGCGUUGGAAGCAGCAAGACAGAGGCUAGCUAGCUUGUGUCCCGGCACUGCACAUAGCAGCAGCAGGGACAGGGGAUAGCUAGCCAGCCAUGGCGCCAGCAUUGCCUUGUAGGCCAAAGCUGCGGCUCCUGUGCGUAGGCGUAGCCCUGGCCUUCCUCCUGGGCGUCGAUGUGGGCAGGGCGGACAUCUACAAGGACAUCCAGAUCAUAUGGAGCGCGGACCACACCUACUACUUCAUGGACGGCGACAGCGAGGCGCUGGCGCUCUCGCUGGACUUCAACCGGGGCUCCGCCUUCAAGUCCAACGACAUGUACCUCUUCGCCCGCAUCGACCUCGACAUCAAGCUCGUCGAAGGCAACUCCGCCGGCACCGUCUGCACCGUCUACACCAUCUCGGAGGGGCCGUGGGACAUCCACGACGAGAUCGACCUGGAGUUCCUGGGCAACUCCACCGGAGAGCCCUACACCCUCCACACCAACGUAUUCGCCUACGGCGUGGGCGGCCGGGAGCAGCAGUUCAAGCUCUGGUUCGACCCCAGCGCCGAGUACCACACCUACUCCAUCGUCUGGAACCCCAGGCGCAUCACGAUCGAGGUGGACGGCGUGACGAUCCGGUCGUUCGACAACAACGAGGAGCAGGGCGUGCCGUUCCCGUCGUGGCAGCAGCAGCGGGUGUACGGGAGCCUGUGGAACGCCGACGACUGGGCGACGCAGGGCGGGCGCGUCAAGACGGACUGGUCGCUGGCGCCCUUCGUCUCCUACUACCGCAACUACAACAUCACCUACUGCCGGCCGUCGCCGGGGGUGUCGUGGUGCGGCGCCGAGCCCGCCGGGUCCCCGCACUUCAACCUCUCCCCCAAGGCGCGCGCCGACCUGCAGUGGGUGCGCAACAUGGGCUACGUCAUCUACGACUACUGCACCGACAUGAGCAACCGGUACACCGCCACCAGCAGGCCCAAGGAGUGCUCGCUCCCGCCCCGCCCGUGAGGAAUUUGAUCUCAUUGGGCUUGGUUGAGUGAGAGGGUUGAGCGAUCGAUUCAUUGUUUGGGUUCGAUAUACAGUAUCGUACCCUGAUUAUUUUUGUACAUCUGAAGAAACAGGUACGUGCGGCGCAGCGGGCUUGAUUCUUUCAUUGGAUUUCUGAUUCCGGCCUCCCCUUUCCUCCACUUGUAUCAACAUUUAUAUGACACACACAGAGCGAUUUUUUUUUGGCCA